AUGUGGCUGAGCAUUACAAGGGGGGUGGACUGGAAGUGGAAACAGGUUGUGAAGGACAUGUUUGCGGCAAACGAUUUUUAUGGCAGUGAGAUUGUCCAGGUCAAAACACCCACCCUUUCCAAGCGACGCUUUGUGCUCGUUGGUGAUGCGGUUUAUGCACCUGGUCCAACGGGAGGUGGAGCAUCUCUUGCAAUGGCCGGCGCGUACCUUUUGGCAGGCGAGAUCAUCAAACACAAUGGUUAUCUGGCUGCAGGGUUCCGUGGCUUCGAGCAGCAGGUGCGACCUCUCAUCAAUGACCUUCAGAAGAUUCUGCCACUUGUUCCCACUGCGUUCGCGCCACAGACAGCCUGGCGCAUAUGGUUGCGAACCAUGAUUUUUUUUUUUUCUUUUAUCUGCUGGUCUCGAAUUUUGGAGUUUUUCCAAAAGGUUUUUCAGUGGCUGAUUCGGUCACACUGA